AGCAGAUCCUGAACCAAUACCUUCUGUCACAGCUAUCAUUAUAUGGAGUGGUGAACCUCCUUCAGCUAAACUUCCCUCUGCAUACGCAUCAAAAAAUGGUCAGCAUUUGGCUAGAAUUAAUUAUUGCGCACAUGACGAUAAGUAG